AUGCCAUCAGCAGAACCUGUUGGAAGGAAACAGAAGCCGGGGAAACAGAAGCUUGCUCCCGAGAAGGAGCGGUUUCUCCAAUGUUGUGGGGAUAUUUCUCUUGAACUUGUGUCGUCCUUAAAGAGUAGUAAAGAUAUCAACUUGAAUGGAUUAAUUAUACGUUAUGCCAAAAAGUAUAAGCUUAAACAACAGCCUCGGUUAACGGAUAUCAUUCUGUCUAUUCCGGACCAGUAUAAAAAGUAUUUGAUUCCGAAAUUAAAGGCCAAACCCGUAAGAACAGCAUCGGGGAUAGCAGUGGUUGCUGUUAUGUGUAAGCCUCAUAGAUGUCCUCAUAUUGCCUAUACGGGGAACAUUUGUGUGUACUGUCCUGGUGGACCAGACUCUGAUUUUGAGUAUUCUACCCAAUCAUACACAGGCUACGAGCCUACGUCCAUGAGAGCCAUCAGAGCCAGGUACGACCCUUAUGAACAAGCCAGAGGGAGAGUCGAACAGUUGAGACAAUUGGGCCACUCUAUUGAUAAGGUGGAAUAUAUUGUUAUGGGAGGGACAUUCAUGUCAUUACCCGUCGACUAUAGAGAGCGGUUUAUUGGCCAAUUACAUAAUGCGUUGUCUGGAUACACGGGGACGUCAUUAGAUGAUUGUAUCAAGUUCUCUCAACAAUCAUUGACUAAAUGUGUGGGGAUAACCAUUGAAACAAGACCUGAUUAUUGUACCAGCACUCAUCUUAGUGAUAUGUUGAAGUAUGGAUGUACCAGAUUGGAGAUUGGGGUUCAAUCUGUUUAUGAAGAUGUUGCUAGAGAUACCAACAGAGGACACACUGUUAAGGCAGUGUGUGAAUCCUUUGCAGUUGCCAAAGAUGCUGGGUAUAAGGUUGUGAGUCACAUGAUGCCUGAUUUGCCCAAUGUUGGUAUGGAAAGAGAUUUGGAACAAUUCAAAGAAUAUUUUGAUAAUCCGGCGUUCAGAACAGACGGGUUGAAGAUUUAUCCGACAUUGGUUAUAAGAGGAACAGGAUUAUAUGAAUUAUGGAAGAAAGGGCUAUACAAAUCUUAUAAUGCUAAUGAUUUAAUUGAUUUGGUGGCUCGGAUUUUAGCAUUAGUUCCACCUUGGACUCGGAUAUAUCGUGUUCAAAGAGAUAUCCCCAUGCCAUUGGUCACCUCGGGGGUGGAGAAUGGGAAUUUAAGAGAAUUGGCUUUAGGUAGAAUGAAAGAUUUUGGUACCACAUGUCGUGAUGUUAGAACCAGAGAAGUGGGGAUUCAAGAGGUUCAUCAUAAAGUUAUACCUGAUCAAGUUGAGUUAAUCAGAAGAGAUUAUUAUGCUAAUGGAGGCUGGGAAACGUUUCUUUCAUAUGAAGAUCCAAAGAAAGACAUUUUGAUUGGACUUUUAAGAUUAAGAAAGGCUUCUAAAAAGUAUACCUUCAGAAAGGAAUUCACACAACAACCCACCUCAAUUGUACGGGAAUUGCAUGUAUACGGAUCGGUGGUGCCAUUGCAUUCCAGAGACCCUAGAAAGUUUCAACAUCAAGGGUUUGGAACGUUGUUGAUGGAAGAAGCUGCUAGAAUUGCAAGGGAAGAACAUGGUUCUGAAAAGAUUAGUGUUAUCUCUGGAGUUGGUGUUCGGAACUAUUAUGCUAAAUUGGGGUAUCAUUUAGAUGGGCCAUUUAUGUCAAAGUGGUUGAAUGAGCAUCAAGAAGAGCACUGA